UGAGUCGCACGCUCCUCACUCGAUCGCAAAUGGCACCUGCACAACGAAAAGAAAUAACCUAGCAGAGAGCACCGGUGUGGUACCGGCCGAAUACCCUCCGAAGGUCAAGUUAGAACUAUUCUCACUGCUCUAGAGUGCUAGAGAGGGUAAAAUUACGCGUACCUUGGAUCACGAGGGUGUUAAGGUUUUUAUAGUAGUAAGGGUCAUCCUUCUUUUCCUUGGAGUAGAAGUCUUUUCCUUAUAAGAGUCCUUUUGGGCGUAUUUUCCGGGAUCCUUUCCUUAUAGGAGUCCUUUUGAAUAUUCUCUAGCGUGGGUAACAAGUCAACUUUUGACUUUUAUGACUGGUCCGUCAGCCUCAAUGUAUCUCCUUCAGCUUUUUGGGCGUCACUUGGUGAAACCGUCAAUCAUUGGGGGUCCGUCGCUACAUCCGUCAGUCAUCGAUCCGUCUAUUUAUGUAUGGAAGGCAGCGUAGCACCGUUAGUCUGAGGCUCUCUCCUUUUAUCCUCGUCAGUUGCUCCCUACUCUAUAUGCCUGACGUUUUAAACCGUCAGCAUGUGGAGUUACUAAAAAAAAGAUUUACGAAUGAUUCCUCGGGCCGCGAGCUAUUUAAUGCAAGCCCACGUGGCGCGCGGUAGUUGGUCUCGUUUCUGGGCACAGGCGUCGCCUCGCGUUUCGUGCGUUUUCCCCCUAUAUAAAUAUCAUGCUUUGCUUCAUUUUGUCAUUUUAACUUCGCAGAUCUUUUUAAUAGAGAAACCGUCACUCUUACGUUUUGCUCCGUCAGUUCUUACCAGUGCCGUCAUACUUUGUUCCAUUUAUUCAAGAUCUAUUUCACCUGUAAGUUCCUCUUCCUCUUUUCUUUCCUUUUGAAUUUUUAUUUUCUUUCAUCGAGAACGUCAGUCUAGGAACUUAGGGUGUAUCCGUCACUUGUAGGUAGUCAGAUGUCAAGUGACGCGUCGAGUGAUCAGUCGUCAGUCCGCGAUGGAGCGGGCUACGACGAAGUCUUUGGCUCAGGUCAAGAGUCCGACGGCUUUUUGGAGUCGUCAGGAAGAGAAACGUCCGCCCAAUCCCUUAGUAUUGAUGUAGAGGACCGUGUUGAGGGAGUCAGGGAAGAGGUGUUAAGUGAGGUUGAGGUCGAGAGGAUCGACAAGGAAGUUGUUGACGACGGGAACUGGGAGGAAGGUGUCGUAGAGGUAGAUAGUGACGAAGAUAGGGGUGACGGUAGCAAGGUUAGUAGUGACGGUAAUGAGGAUGAGGAUGACGAAGAGUCCAGUGAGGGAACUUCAGGGAGUUCUGGAGGUAACCGUCCCUUCAUCCUUCCAGAGGAGUGGGCCGUCAAUAAAUUUCUCCCAAAGAUGAGCAACAGAGUUUUUUCUGAGUUGCGUACCCGUUUUCAGAUCCCAGAUCAUAUUCCCCUCCGUCUCCCUAAAAAGAAUGAGAAGUGUUAUACAGGGAGAACGGCUGAUGUGGGGAUGUAUGACGCCAUGUUCGCAGCUGGCCUUAGGCUCCCACUGACGGCUUUACACCGUCAGCUGGCGGAUUUCUUAGGAUUGUCCGUCAGCCAGAUCUCUCCGAAUGCCUGGAGGAUCUUUAUUGGAGCUGAGGUUCUUUGGGGUCGCUUGAGUGGGGGGAACCGUCAACUUUCGCUAGACGAGUUCUUUUACUGCUACAGACCCCAGCAUAAAGUAUCCGCCAAGGGGACAUAUCACUUUGCACCUCGUGAAAAGAACUUAAGAUUGGUGUUUGAUAUGCCGGAUUCAAAUAGGAAUUGGAAAAAUAGAUUUUUCUUUGUUAAGGGGACGGACUGGGUGUGUCGUCCGGAUGAAUGGGAUAAGUUGCCCGGGGGUUAUUUUGAUAACACUUGGGCUCAUAUUAGGGAGUCAGGUUGCCCCCGUCUCUUUCUUUUUACCGUCGCUUUUCAUUUUCACCGUCUCUUUUUAACACUUUCCUUUUGUUUCAGCCAUCACUCGUCCGGAGGUGUCUGACGAACAGAGGGAUUUCAUCCGUCGGAUACUCACCAUUUCACUUGAGCAACGUAGGUGUAGGGAUUUGAUAACCCUAGAUACUCUACAUUUGUAUUGUGGUGGUCCUGAGCCGACGGUCGAAGCACGGAAGUUGGAAGAAUUUUCAAGAAAACGUAAGAAAAUGCGUUAUUUAAUCCGUCUGCUACUAUUCAUCCGUCAGAUUACUUAUCCGUUAGCUUUCUUUGUGCAGAGAUGGAGGCUGCGAAGCAGAGGGUGAGGGCCGCUGCUGCUCGUAAGAAGGAAGAAGAAAAAGCGAAGGGGAAGGAUGGAGCGUCAACUCCUCAUUCCUCCUUGAAGGGCUCCAUCAAGAGAAAAUCUGACGGAAAGGAUGAUCCUCCUUCUAAGAAGGUGGCCGUCACCCCUACGGACGUGCCCUCCCAGAAGUCACCUCCCAAGCUUAGUCACGGUGCUGGGAAAGGAGUGAUGACUUCCUCUGGUCCCGUCAUUGAGGGGCCCCGUUGCUUGCUGACUCACAAGGAUCACGCUGUCGAGAGUCUGGAGUCUCUUAUCAAACAGACGGAUCUGGAUCCUUGUGCUCAGCUUGGGACGGAUGACCUGGGGGCGUCAGCCUUCUUUGAUAUUGCACGGGCCUUGGUUCGUGUUAAAGCACUUCAAGACCGUUGCACGGCCAAAGAAGGCGUCGUCUCUCGGGUGAGGAGGCACAAUUCCACCCUGAUGGAUCAGCAGGCGCAAUACAAGGAGGCCGUCCGUCUCUUGAACACAGAUCUGAAGGACGUGAAGGAGAAGCUGGGAGAAGCAGAGGGUGAGCAGAAGAAACUUGAGGAGGAGGUUUCGUCUUUGCGUGCGCAGGUGGUGACGGCUGGGACUGACGCAGUUGAAAAGUUUAAGACAACUCAGUCCUUCAUCGACUCUUGUGCUGAUUACUAUGGCGCAGGUUUUGAUGAUUGUCUGAAGCAAGUGUCGUUAGCUCAUCCGGAGCUGGAUCUGUCUGGAAUCACCAUGGAUACUUCCGUUCCAAUGACUCCUGCUGCUGACAGAGAUGACGAACCCCUCAGCUUGGAUUCUUUGCUUAAUGAUGCUGGUGUUGUUUUGGCCCAGCCUGCUGUCGCUACCCCUGCUGGGCCUUCAGAUCAGAUUGUGAAGGAUAAAGCUGACGGGGUCUCCAAGGACGCUCCUGCCACUUAA